UGGUCCCUUGGUUUCGCUCCCUCCCAAUGAUCGGAACAAGACUCCUGCCCGACUGCUGGUUGGAUCUCCCGUUGCGGAGUGAUCAACCACACAGGAAAAUUAGAUCCACUGGAUUCCCGUGAUACUGUAGACACUUAAGAAGCUGCUUGAGAGAAUUCAAGUUCUUGUCGACAUCAACCAUGGGUUCUUUCCCAAUACCUGAAUCAUAUUUUAUCGGCCUUGGCUGUGAAAUAUUCUUGCACGGACUUUACACCGGCCUGUUCCUGACAUCAACAUAUCUUCUAUUGUUCAAGAAGAAGAAGAGUCGAGUCAUUGCUGUCAUGACUCUCGUUAAUAUCCUCAUGUACAUUGUGGCUACUGCCCACUUGAUCAUCAAUUUCAAACAGGACUUGUCAGCAUUCCUUUCGAUAUAUCAUAACAAUGCCAAUGCCUCAAGCGUAUUCCAUAAUACCUCAUCUGCGAUACAGUGGUCGCAACUUAUACUAGGAAUUGUGAAUGUGCCUUUUGGCGAUGGGAUCGUGAUAUGGAGAGCAUGGAUUUUAUGGAAUCGUAGGCGGUGGAUUAUCGCCUCAUCAGUGGUUCUUCUUCUGGUAACCGUAGGCUCAGGAAGUGGGCUUGUAUACACCGUUGCAAUGACACCAGCAGGUGUCACUUUCACUGAUUCCAGUGUUGAGAGCUGGGCCAUUGCAUUCAUCAUUUCAACGUUUUCAACAAAUCUGUGGACGACGGCGCUUGUUGCCUAUCGUACAUGGUCGCACUUCAAGCUAGUCCGUCAUCUCACCGGCAUCUCCAUCCUGGGUAGCUUUCGCAAGCAAAGUGCGAUUCUCCCUAUUCUGAUUGAGUCUGGCACUUUAUAUUGCUGCACAUGGCUCAUCGUCAUCGUCAUAUUUAUUUCCUCAAGUAAUGCAAUCUAUGUCAUGAUAGACACAAUCUCCCAACUGACGGCUAUGUAUCCGACUCUUAUCAUUACCCUUGUUUGCAUUAAGUCCACCCUUGAUGUCGCCAUCGAAACAUUUCAUCAAACUCAGACGAAUACUCAGACCCAAAGCCAGUCAUGGACUCGAAGGCCUCCUGCUCCAACACAGGGAUCAUUAGAUGACUUUACAACUACAGUUUCUUCAGAUCGAGGCCUCGGGAGUACCUUGGAUACUUCAGAAGAUCCUAGUAUCGAAUCUGUGGUGGAUAGGAAAGCAUUAUAUCCGAGUCCCACGGAGUCGGACGAUGCUCUCAGAGACUGUACUCAUGGUAUAGUUUAGGGCACGCAUGCUGUACGACUUCCUCGGAACCUAAUUGAUGGAAUGUGUUUAUUAUCUUGAAGAAAGUACAGUGUGAAAAGUGUACAUUGUAACGACACGACAAUGCUAGUAAUUAUCAUGUAUUCCACCGUCGUAGGAUCUACAAAAUAAAAC